AUGGUUCACAAGGUCCUCUUCUGGAGCGGCUUCGGCAUCGCCGUCCGCCUUUGGCAACUCGGUAUCGAGAUGCGCCCCAUUCUCGCUAAAGAAUCCCUCUGGGUCUACCCUCUGUUUGCUGGUGUUGGUGGCAGCUUCGGCUACUGGAUGCAGGGUGUCGAGAACCGUCAAUUGAAGAUGCUCGCUCAGCGACGAGAGGCCAUUCUUGAGAAGCGCCGACGACGGGAUGAGCGCGAAGCGCUUAGCAAGACCGAGGAGAACGCUGUUUUGGCUGCUGCAUCAUAA